GAAAAAAAGGCGGCGCAGUUGCAGCUCGCCUGAAGAAUAUGAGGGCAUCCACACCCCUGCGUUGCUGAAUCGCGACGGAACCUUCGAGCCUUGUUUGGGUUGCAGUACGGAAAGUCCUGGUAAGUAAACACACUGGACUAGUCUUGUAUUGGGUGUGCGUUUUGAGUUGUUAUCAUGGGAGUGCAUGGACUUUGGAGACUCCUGGAGAGCACAGGGAAACCCAUCAACCCUGAGACACUGGAAGGAAAGAUUCUCGCUCCCCCCUCAGAUAUCAGUAUAUGGCUGAACCAGGCAGUGAAGGGGGUGAGGGACCGUGAAGGCAACAGCGUCCAAAACGCCCACCUCCUCACUCUGUUCAACCGCGUCUGUAAGCUGCUCUUCUUCCGCAUUAGGCCAGUGUUUGUGUUUGAUGGAGAUGCUCCUAUGCUGAAGAAGCGGACCCUGGCUCUGAGGAGGCAGAGGAAAGAGGAGCUGACCAGUCAGUCCAAACAGACCAAUGAGAAACUUUUGAAGACAUUCCUGAAGAGACAAGCUAUCAAAGCUGCCAUUGGACACCAUAGUAAGGACCCUCUACCCAGCCUCUCCAACGUGAGGAGAAAUGAAGUGGACGACAUAUAUGUCCUGCCCGCCCUUCCACCUGCAGAGGAGAAGGAAAGAAGCAGCUCAGAAGAGGAUGAGGAGGGGGAAGAGAGAGAGGAAAUAGUAGACAGCUUCCAAACGUACCAGGAAGAACUGUACGAGGACCCCAACUCCGUGGACAUUAACUCGGAGAACUUUGCCAGCCUGCCUCCUGAGAUGAAACACGAGAUACUCAAAGAGAUGAAAGACUUCUGCAAAAGACGUCGCACCAUGUUUAACAAACCUCCUGAGCGUUCGGGAGACUUUUCUCAGUACCAGCUGUCCGGCCUGCUGCAGAGGAACCGGCUGAACCAGCGUCUGGAGGGAGUUGAGAAGGAGAUGAGCCAGCGCAGCGCUGGCAGCGCUCCUCACCUCGGCCAGCAGGAUGGAGAUCAGCAGUAUCGCAGCGUGGAGUCAAACCGGCUGGUUUCAGAAGACCACUCGCACUAUAUACUCAUAAAAGGCUCCAAAAAAAAUGAAGCUACCUCAGAGAGCCAACCUGGGUCUGCACCCUGGUCUGGGAGCUCCCAGUCCACAUGCAGAAAAAGGAAAACUGACAAACCAGAGCCUCUUUGGCGACCCAUCACUGAAGAAGAACAAGAAGAAGCGAAAGAGGAAGUACCAGCUACCUGCUCAGAAGCUUCCAACCCAUCUGUGUCAAAACCAUCUCGACAGGACACAUCUCCACCCUCACCUCGAACACUCAAGGCAAUCCAGGCUGCUAUGAGUGACAGCUCAGAUGAAGAGAAGGUUGAUCUAGAUACGAAGUAUGGAAAAGUAUCUCCACGUACACUCCUUGCAAUCCAACAAGCAUUAACUGAGGAGGAGGGCGAGGCGAGUGGCUCACCGUUCAAACUGCAGACAAAUCUCCAGCGUCCUGUGGGACGAGUGGUGAUCAGCAGCUCUGAGGAGGAGACGCAGCCUUCACCUGAGAAAAAGUCGGACUUUAGUCAAAACGCCACACACCAAAGUGGUUUACACAUCGAGGACAGUUUGCUUGGCAGUAGCUCUGAAGAUGAGUUGGAGGAAGUGAUAGGACAGAGAAAUAGAGCUUUUCGGUCUGCGGGACUUCAGCAAAGUCCCAAAACAGGGAUGGAGUCAGAGGAGGGCAGCGUAAGGGACGCAGAGAUACAAAAAGAGCUGGAGGCGAGAGAAUCCGAGCCCAAGCCACACGUUUCUGCAUCCAAUCAGGAGUUAUUCAUCAGCCUUCCUUCACUUCCAUGUGGGAGACCGCCCAGCACAGAGACUGAGGCUGGACUCUUAGAUAAGAGGAGGGAUACACUCACUGAAAGUCUGGGGGAAACCAACGGAGAUGACGUGAAGACAGAGAACAGCGAGGGAAGUGAUUCAGAAGAGAGCUUCAUUGAGGUUUCUGAAGAAGAGUUUAAACAGGGGGAUGCAGGUGAUCCAGCAGGAGGAAAAAAGAUUUUAGAAGAGGUCCAGAAAGAUGAGUCAAAAAAGGAAGAAGAGUCAGAGGAACGUUGGACAGAGGUUCCUGAUAAUCCAGCUCUGGUUUCAGACAAGGAGGAGGAGAAAACAGGCAGUAAAAAUCAGGAGGAAGAGGUGAAGGACGGGAUGGACACAAAAUCCAAACCAACAGCAGCAAAUAAUGAGUGGGAACAACUCGACAUGGAUGAGCUGGAGGCUCUGGAGAGCUCCCUGCAGCUGGAGCAGAGCAACCUAAGGGAGCAGAAACAGCAGCAGGAGCGAAUGGCUAACACAGUCACGGGGCAGAUGUACCUGGAAAGCCAGGAGCUGCUGCGGCUGUUCGGCGUGCCGUUCUUGGUGGCUCCAAUGGAGGCCGAGGCUCAGUGUGCAGCGUUGGACCGCACCGACCAGACACACGGGACCAUCACAGAUGACUCGGAUGUGUGGCUGUUCGGAGGCCGACACGUUUACAAGAACUUCUUCAGCCAGAGCAAAUAUGUUGAGCACUACCAGUAUAGUGAUCUCCACAGCCAGUUAGGUCUGGACAGGACAAAAAUGAUCAAUCUGGCUUACCUGCUUGGUAGUGACUACACAGAGGGCGUUCCAGGGGUCGGAUAUGUGACCGGCAUGGAGAUACUGAAUGAGUUUCCAGGGCCAGGCCUGGAGCCACUAACACAGCUAAGUAAUUGGUGGUCUGAGGCUCAGGAGAAAAAGCGUCUGACAGAUGAUCCCAGAGAUACGAAGGUGAAGAAGAAAUUGAGGGAACUGAAACUUCAGCCUGGCUUCCCCAACCCUGCGGUGGCUCAGGCUUACCUCCAGCCCGCUGUUGAUCAGUCAGAAACCUCCUUCAGCUGGGGGCGCCCACAACUUGACAUGAUCAAAGAAUUCUGCCUGAGUCGUUUUGGUUGGAGCACCAGAAAGACGGAGGAGACUCUCCAACCUGUGAUUAAACAGAUCAACACCCAGCAGACUCAGCUCCGAAUAGACUCAUUCUUCCGCUUGGAGCAACAGGAAAAGCAGGCAAUCCGCAGUCAGCGACUCCGCCGAGCCGUCACAUGCCUGAAGAGAAAGGAGAGGGACGCAGGGGAGAGUGAAAGUAGCGAAGAUGAAACACCUUCCCCAUCCAAAUCCAGGAAAGUAAAUCUAAAGAACACAGAUGAACAGAAAGAAGAUGAGCGCCCAGGGACAGGUGGAGGUUUCCUAGUUUCAGAGUCGGACGCUGAUUCUACUGUUACAUCCCUCAGAGAUGUCUGCCGUACAGGGCAGGGAUCCUUCACGGCAACAAUUGGUCAUCAAUCUACAGAAAAACUACCUCAGAAGGUCAGGAGGAACAGUAGCAGCAGCAGCUCUGGUGAGGACAGCGACGAAGGCAGGGAUGUUGAGAUGGUUACCGCCCGAUCUGUGUUCGAGGGCAACAGACGAGGCCGCGGAGGAAAACGCUCGAGAGGAAGAGGAAAGAAGCUUUAAGAAACUCAACUUUACAUAAAUGUGCCCAAACUUGUGAUAUUAAAUGUGAAACCAGCUGGAAUUUCUGAAAAUAAAUGAUGAACUGAG